AUGUUUAUUCAAUCAUUUAGGUUACCAAUUGGUAUUAAUUUGAGCAAUGGGUUGCUAAAGAUCAAUCAAGGGUCUUUAUUGAGAGAAAGUAAAGUUUUGAUUAAUCGUUUUUAUGCCACUGAAAGACUAACUGUUAAACCUUUAGAAUCUAGAAAAACAUUUUUGAUGGAUUAUUAUAAAGAUAUGAUGGAAUCCAACCCUGUGAUAUUGUUCGUGCAUUAUAAUAAUUUAAUGAAACAGGAGAAUGAGCAUUAUAGAUCUUUGAUUAAGAGCAACGGUGGUAAAUUGUCUAUGCUAAGAAAUAAUCUGUUUAAGGCUUAUUUAAGGGCUGCUCAUACGGAAGAUCCAAGUGCACCAAUACAGAAUAAGGAUAAGAAUAUGAACCAUCCUUUACUUCCAUUGUUCAAUGGACCUACUGCAGCAAUUAUGUUUAAAGAAACUUCACCAGCUAAUGUUGCCAAAAUUGUAAAGUUAUUGGAAAAAGCUCAAGAUAAAUUGUUUAUCGUUGGUGCUAAAGUCGAAACUGAAGUUUAUGAUGUUGCUCAAUUGAAUGAAUUCAAGAAAUUACCUUCCAAACCUGAAUUACAAGCACAAUUGUUAGGUUUAUUACAUAUCUUAAGUGGUGCAGGUUUAGUGAACACAUUAGAAAAAGGUUCUCAAACUUUAUAUUUAACUUUAAAAUCACACCACGAUAACAAGGAAUCUCAAGGCAAUUGA